GAGAUGACAGGAUUUUCCCGCGAAGGAGAAGCGCGCUUUUUUCCCUGGCGGGGGAUUUGGCGAGAAGGCUGGGCCGGCAGGGGCUGUGAAGAAUUAGCUCGCGGCAUUGCAGGCGCUGAGUGGAGGGGACCCGGUUCCCGGGUGCGUGUCCAGGCAUGCCAGCGGAACGGCCCGCGGGCAGCGGCGGCUCCCAGGCUCCAGCAAUGGUUGAACAGCUGGACACUGCUGUGAUUACCCCGGCCAUGCUCGAAGAGGAAGAACAGCUUGAAGCUGCUGGACUGGAGAGAGAGCGGAAGAUGCUGGAAAAGGCUCGCAUGUCUUGGGAUAGAGAGUCGACAGAAAUUCGGUACCGUAGACUUCAACAUUUGCUUGAAAAAAGCAAUAUCUACUCCAAAUUUUUGUUGACGAAAAUGGAACAGCAGCAAUUAGAGGAACAGAAGAAGAAAGAAAAAUUGGAGAGAAAAAAGGAGUCUUUAAAAGUUAAAAAGGGUAAAAAUUCAAUUGAUGCAAGCGAAGAGAAGCCAGUUAUGAGGAAAAAAAGAGGAAGAGAAGAUGAAUCAUACAAUAUUUCAGAGGUCAUGUCAAAAGAGGAAAUUUUGUCUGUGGCUAAAAAAAAUAAAAAGGAGAACGAGGAUGAAAACUCCUCUACUAAUCUCUGUGUAGAAAAUCUUCAGAAAAAUAAAGAUUCAAAUAGUAUAAUUAAAGAUAGAUUGUCUCAAACGGUUAGGCAGAAUACUAAAUUCUUUUUUGACCCAGUCCGGAAGUGUAAUGGUCAGCCAGUACCUUUUCAACAACCAAAGCACUUCACGGGAGGAGUGAUGCGAUGGUACCAAGUAGAAGGCAUGGAAUGGCUUAGGAUGCUUUGGGAAAACGGAAUUAAUGGCAUUUUAGCAGAUGAAAUGGGAUUGGGUAAGACAGUUCAGUGCAUUGCUACUAUUGCAUUGAUGAUUCAGAGAGGAGUACCAGGACCUUUUCUUGUCUGUGGCCCUUUGUCUACACUUCCUAACUGGAUGGCUGAGUUCAAAAGAUUUGCACCAGAUAUCCCUACAAUGUUAUAUCAUGGAACCCAGGAAGAACGUCAAAAAUUGGUAAGAAAUAUUUACAAACGGAAAGGGACUCUGCAAAUUCAUCCUGUGGUAAUCACGUCAUUUGAAAUAGCCAUGAGAGACCGAAAUGCGUUACAGCAUUGCUAUUGGAAAUACUUAAUAGUAGAUGAAGGACACAGGAUUAAGAAUAUGAAGUGCCGUCUAAUCAGGGAGUUAAAACGAUUCAAUGCUGAUAACAAACUUCUUUUGACUGGUACUCCCUUGCAAAACAAUUUAUCAGAACUUUGGUCAUUGCUAAACUUUUUGUUGCCAGAUGUAUUUGAUGACUUGAAAAGCUUUGAGUCUUGGUUUGACAUCACUAGUCUUUCUGAAACUGCUGAAGAUAUUAUUGCUAAAGAAAGAGAGCAGAAUGUAUUGCAUAUGCUGCACCAGGAAAGAAUUCCUAGAAUGUAUGUGUUAGAAUUUACAGAUGAUGGCUUCUUUGAAGGCAAAUUGCCCUCCGGAAAAGAUUUAUGUGACAUACGUCCAUAUGAAUACUUAGUCAAACUUCAUACCAGUUUUGAGAUUUUAACACCUUUCUUAUUGAGAAGACUGAAGUCUGAUGUUGCUCUUGAAGUUCCUCCUAAACGAGAGGUAGUCGUUUAUGCUCCACUUUCAAAGAAGCAGGAGAUCUUUUAUACAGCCAUUGUGAACCGUACAAUUGCAAACAUGUUUGGAUCCAGUGAGAAAGAAACAAUUGAGUUAAGCCCUACUGGUCGACCAAAACGACGAACUAGAAAAUCAAUAAAUUACAGCAAAAUAGAUGAUUUCCCUAAUGAAUUGGAAAAAUUGAUCAGUCAGAUACAGCCAGAGGUGGACCGAGAAAGAACUGUUGUGGAAGUGAAUAUCCCUGUAGAAUCUGAAGUUAAUCUGAAGCUGCAGAAUAUAAUGAUGCUACUUCGUAAAUGUUGCAAUCAUCCAUAUUUGAUUGAGUAUCCUAUAGACCCUGUUACACAAGAGUUUAAGAUUGAUGAAGAAUUGGUAACAAAUUCUGGGAAAUUCUUAAUUUUGGAUCGAAUGCUGCCAGAACUAAAAAGAAGAGGUCACAAGGUGCUGCUUUUUUCACAAAUGACAAGCAUGUUGGACAUUUUGAUGGAUUACUGCCAUCUCAGAGAUUUCAACUUCAGCAGGCUUGAUGGGUCCAUGUCUUACUCAGAGAGAGAAAAAAACAUGCACAGCUUCAACAUGGAUCCAGAGGUAUUUAUCUUCUUAGUGAGUACACGAGCUGGUGGCCUGGGCAUUAAUCUGACUGCAGCAGAUACAGUUAUCAUUUAUGAUAGUGAUUGGAACCCCCAGUCGGAUCUUCAGGCCCAGGAUAGAUGCCAUAGAAUUGGUCAGACAAAGCCAGUUGUUGUUUAUCGCCUGGUUACAGCAAAUACUGUUGAUCAGAAAAUUGUGGAAAGAGCAGCUGCUAAAAGGAAACUGGAAAAGCUGAUCAUCCAUAAAAAUCAUUUCAAAGGUGGUCAGUCUGGAUUAAAUCUGUCUAAGAAUUUCUUAGAUCCUAAGGAAUUAAUGGAAUUAUUAAAAUCUAGAGAUUAUGAAAGGGAAAUAAAAGGAUCAAGAGAGAAGGUCAUUAGUGAUAAAGAUCUAGAGUUGUUGUUAGAUCGAAGUGAUCUUAUUGAUCAAAUGAAUGCUUCAGGACCAAUUAAAGAGAAGAUGGGGAUUUUCAAGAUACUAGAAAAUUCUGAAGAUUCCAGUCCUGAAUGUUUGUUUUAAACUGGAGCUCAAAAAUAGAUUUUAAGUUUAUGUUUACGUCUAGUGAUUUCCCUGUAUUGGGUUUGGAAUACUGAUUGUCCACUUCACCUUUUUUAUUAUAUCAGUUGACAUGUAACUAGUACCAUGCGUACUUAAAUAGAUGGUAAUUUUCUGAGCCUUACCAAGAACAAAGGAGUACCCAUAUUAAGUUUAGAUUUUCAGUUAGUUUUUGAGACUGAGUAGUAUUCUUGGAUAUAGGCUGAUGUGUACUUAACUACUUCCAGAUUUAUACAGUCUUCCUGUGGAAGUUUAGUAAAUGUCUUUUUCCCUCCUUUCUUCUAGUAAUGCAGUUCAUGGGUACUUCAGUUAUGAAGUAGACUUUUCAUGGGGAGAGAUUGGGAUUAUGCCAUCUAUUGUUUAAGAAAUUGUUUGAUUUUAGAGUCUAUUUCUGUGAGAUAGUUUACCAAAUAAAUGUUCCUUAUAAGAUG